AUGCCCAUGGCCAUGGAUCAAGUCGAGCUUUCCACCGACCAGGUUCUGAGGCGGGAUAUUCCAUGGGAAACUUAUAUGACCACUAAGAUGAUCACGGGAACUGGGCUUCAGUUGUUGAGGCGCUAUGAUAAGAAACCUGAUAAUUACAAGGCUCAGUUGCUCGAUGAUGAUGGUGCAGCUUACAUCCGUGUUUUUGUUAGCAUAUUGCGUGACAUAUUCAAGGAAGAAACUGUAGAGUAUGUUUUAGCUCUGAUCGAUGAAUUGCUUUCAGCUAAUCCUAAAAGAGCAAGGCUAUUUCAUGAUAGGUCUCUCUCCAGCGAGGAUACAUAUGAGCCUUUCCUAAGGUUGCUUUGGAAAGGUAACUUGUUUAUCCAAGAGAAGAGCUGCAAGAUACUUUCUUUGAUAGUAACUGGAGGGCCAAGAUCUCAUGAUGGUGCCCAUGCCAAUGGGGCGUCAAAGUUGAAGAAGGAUAUCACCAUGGUUGAUGACGUUUUAAAGGCACUGGUUGACUGGCUGUGCUCACAGCUGAGGAACCCAUCUCAUCCUAGUCGCGGUAUUCCCACUGCUGUUAAUUGCCUUUCAACUUUAUUGAAGGAACCUGUGGUUCGAUCUUCAUUUGUUCAAGCAGACGGAGUGAAGUUGCUCAUUUCUCUUAUUUCUCCAGCAUCCACUCAACAAUCCAUCCAGAUAACCUCACUCUUGUAUGAAACCUGCCUUUGUGUGUGGCUCCUCACAUACUAUGAGCCUGCAGUUGAGUAUUUGGCCACUUCUAGAUCCUUGCCGAGGUUGAUAGAAGUUGUCAAGGGACCCACAAAGGAAAAGGAUCUGCUGGAAGCUCUGAAUCAAUUGGAAGAAGGAUUGAAAGACAACAUUAAGCAGCUAAGUUCUUUUGACAAGUACAAGCAAGAAGUCCUCCUUGGACAUCUUGAUUGGUCUCCCAUGUAUAAAGAUCCAAUAUUCUGGCGAGACAACAUCGCUAAUUUCGAGGAGCAUGAUUUUCAGAUUAUUAGGGUCCUCAUCACAAUUUUGGACACGUCCACCGACCCACGAACACUUGCUGUUGCCUGCUAUGACCUCUCACAAUUCAUUCAGUACUAUGCGGCCGGUCGUAUCAUUGUGACAGACCUCAAAGCCAAAGAAAGAGUGAUGAAAUUGAUGAACCACGAGAAUGUAGAGGUCACCAAAAAUGCCUUGCUCUGCAUUCAGAGGCUAUUUCUGGGGGCAAAGUACGCCAGUUUUUUGCAGGCCUAA